AAUCAAACCUGCGAGACGCGUAGUAUAUUCUUUAGGGCAGGGGCCACGCUUUGCGAGACGCGUAGUCACUUCGUAAACCUAAAUCGAUUGCUAAAUAUAUCAAUAUAGUAUAUAGGCCAGAAAUUAACUUUAAACAGCACUGUCUGCGAGCAGAUUUGCUAUACAAACAGCAGCCAUUUGUAAAAUAGAAUGGCUUCCCCCUGAAUCUCAUAUAAAAAUAAAACAAGAUGGCUGCUAUAGAUCUAGUAAAUGAGCAUGGUUGCAUCUGUUGGAAACAUCGCUAGUCUUCAUUUAUUACUGAAAAGUUUUAAUUCAACCACUUAAAAACAGCUUUCAUCAAAGAUGUCAGCUGUAUUAAAGAAACCAGUUGAGGUUGUAGUAUUCAACAAUCCCCAAAAAUCAGCAAAGAAACAUCAUCAAGAAAAACAGCUGUUGCAGAAAAUUACUGAAGGAAAUCCACAACCCUUAAUUUAUAACCAGAAAAAGGCAAAAUAUGAUAUAAGGAAACUGGGAAUAAGUGGGAUGGACAAACAAACUAAACACAGUGCAAUGGUUGAUCUGCUUGUAGAAUUAGGAGCCAAGCCUCCAAAAAACCGCUGCUAUCACAUCAAAGAAUAUACUAAAAUGAUCAAGGAGAAGAAGAAAGAAGAAGCGAGCAAAGGUUUACCUGAGAACAAUAAAAAGGGCAGAAGUAAAAGAAAACGAGAUAAAGAUGAUAUACUGAAGGAUCUUGAUGGUCAAACAGGAUUUUUCAAAGGUGGAGUUCAGUUUGUAAAACGUUUUAAAUCCUGACAAUUUUUUUUCAAUUAAAAUUAAAUGAACUAUAAUGUUUAAUAAAGAUGUGAAACAAACUUUUUUUA